UACCAGCUAUGAUCUUAUUAAAGAAAAAUAUUCUCAAUAAUUUCAAUCCAGCCGAUGUGAACAUUCUCUCAUUUUACUUGUAAUAGAAUUAAUAUACUGUAUGGUCAGUAUGUGCUAUUACUCCUGAGUAACCAAAAUAUUAUCCAGUGUUGGAAAGUAACUUUUGCCAAAGUACUGUUUUUAAGUACAGUUUUGAAAUACUUAAGUAUUUCUUUUGUAUGCUUCUUUAUAUCAGUUUUUCACUACAUAAUGGAGGAAUAUAUUUGUUUUACCCACCUACAUUUAUUUGACAGUUAUAGUGGAGCAUAUCAAGUCUGAAAUUGAUAUAUAUUUAUAAUAUUUUACUGUCUUAUAAAACAUGGGAGCAAAGGUGUAGUAGGAAUAUUUCGGGACUUCUACAGUCAAAUUUUUAAUCAUUCUUGUACAGCAACCUGAUUUAAUCUUGACAUUUACUUUCACUUGGUUAUUUUUUAUAUUUUUCGGCAUUAAGUGAAGGAGAUGAAUCCUUUUCCUUUUUCCUUUCAAGUUUAAAUAAAUGACUGUACCGACUCCAGUAAGUCAAAUUAUGUUACAUAAGUAAUUUACCGGACAUGUUACUGGACAUACAGUAUACAAUAACUACAACUAUAAAGAAUAUACAAUAAUUUGUGCGUCUCAACUGCAUUUCUCCCUCUACAUGUCAGAGGGAAUAUUGUGUUUUCUCAAAAUGAGACUUGUUACUUGUUUCACCUUUGAUGCUGCUUUAAAAAUAUGUGAAACUUGGAACUUUUUAUUCCAUUGUCACUUUCAAAUGAAAGAUCUUAUCUUGACUUUUGUGGAAACGGGGCUUUUAUUCUGAAAAAAAAAAGGGAAUGGUCAAACAGGAAGUAACAUUUUCACUGCUGCAAAAUGAGCAGGCUGCUGACAGAACAACCGGACUGUAGCAGCCACAACAUCAUAUCAGAGACAGGUGUGUGCAGGACCGAGAGGUGUCUGUAAGUGUCGUCAGUAAGAGCAUGUUUCCACUUCUGUGUCAAAUCCUGAAGGACCUUUGCUACAGUCCAGGGUGCUGCUCAGUGUACCAGGGGCUGGUGCAGACCAGUCUCACCACAGCUCUCGGGACCAUACAGAUCAUGGUUGGCCUGUCCAACAUCGGACUUGGGCCAGGACGUACAAGCCUGGGAGCUGCUUACUGGCUGGGUGCUGUGUUCGUUGUAACUGGAAUCAUGUCCAUUUUGGCCGGAGAGUUCCCUUCUUCAUGCUUGAUGGGCUUCACUGUGUUUAUGAACAUUGCUGGAGCAAUCUUUGCCAUCACUGGCAUCGUGCUGUACGCCAUAGACCUGGGAAAUGCCUCUCUGCUCUGGAUGUGUGAUCGCAGCAUGAACAGUGUUGAUCUGUAUGAUGACAACUGCAGAAAUGUGGCGCUCUUUGCUCAGAGUUUAUUAACAUCUAUGGACAUCACAUUGAUCGUCUUCGCUGUCCUCCAGCUGUGUGUCAACAUUUGGUUUGCUGUUCUGGGCAUCAAAGCUUUGAUCAGUGAGAUGAAGAAGGAAGAGCAGGGAGACAAAGAUGUUGAAGAUCAGUGGCCUAAGUUGAGGGAACUUCUCCUGACCAGCCCUGGAGCUCAGAACCAUUUCAACUGAGCUCAUGAAUGCAUGAUGAAUAAGCAGCAGCUCUAUUACCUUUACAUUUACUACCUGAAAGUAAUCAAAAGUAUCAUAAAAACACAACCUUUUAUCACUAUCAAAACAGAGAUAAAUCAGAAUAUUCUGUACUUACAUUUCCAGUUAAACCUUACACAGUGAGUACGAUCAUAAAGUAGUAAACUAUUUCAAACUAUUGUGCAGACUGUUGCAGCAAAUCUGUUCUACAUUUUUUUCACAAUCGUGAACACUUUUAUGUGUGUGCGUGUUAAGUUGUUUGUCUGUUGGUGGAGAUUUGAU